CCGGGCUCCAUGGGAGGUUCUCUGUCACAGCUGCUGCUGGAAAAAGAUUGAGGCGUCCCCCCAUGUGCUCUCCCUCUCUCAGUGAGGCGGCAGGUCGCUCGGGGCUAUCCUUUCCCCUUUGCACUUCGCUUCCCACCCCGCCUCAGUUGGUUUCGCUCUUUUUAGAUAUCUAUUAUUUUUGGCGCGCUCUCCCUCAAGUUUGAGCCCCGGCGCGAGCCGCUCCCGCCAUGAGCGCAUCUCCCCCAGCUGACAGGUGUCAGGCAGAAGGAGAGGAGGGAGACGCCGGAGGAGCCCGGGAAGGAAGCCGGCAGGCAGCCGCCAAAGCCCGCUGGGUGCUCCUCAGACAGGUUCUGAAGAAAAAACACUUGAAGAAUGUUCACCUUCCGCAAGUAUCAGUAAGGAGAUUUGCUUCAUUCAGUCUCUUCUCAGUAACAGAAGAGGAGAGAAGGGUGACAGAAGAUGACCAAGGAACCUGGCUUCAGUACAAAAGCAUCUAUUAUCCUGAAUACAGUAUAUCCUUGAAAUUUAACAGCGGACUAUUAAAUGUUGAAGAUGUUCUGACAAGUUUUGACAACACAGGAAAUGUUUGUAUCUGGCCUUCUGAAGAGGUACUAGCUUACUACUGCCUGAAGUACCAUGAAGUGUUCAGGGGCCUUGCUGUGUGUGAGCUAGGGGGUGGCAUGACAUGCUUGGCUGGGCUUAUGGUUGCUAUUUCUGCAGAUGUCAAAGAAGUUCUGUUAACUGAUGGAAAUGAAAAGGCCAUCAAAAAUGUCAGUGAUAUAAUCAGAAGAAACCAAAAGAAGUUCAGAGCCCAAGCAGUCUCAAGCUGCAUUCUACGAUGGGAUAAUGAGACAGAUGUCUCUCAACUGGAAGGACAUUUUGACAUUGUUAUGUGUGCUGACUGCCUGUUUCUGGACCAGUACAGAGCUAGCCUUGUGGAUGCAAUAAAGAGAUUACUCCAGCCCAGUGGGAAAGCGAUGGUAUUUGCUCCAAUCAGAGGGAAUACACUGAACCAGUUUUGCAAUCUAGCUGAAAAAGCUGGUUUCUCUAUCCAAAGACAUGAAAAUUAUGAUGAGCACAUUUCAAACUUCCACUCCAAGUUGAAAAAAGAAGAAAAAAGCAUUUAUGACGAAAACCUCCACUACCCAUAUCUUCUUAUUUUAACCAAACAUUGAGAGAAUAUGUGGUGGAUAUGCUUUGAUUACAAAGGGCAGGGAGUGGGGGAUAGAUAGCUAUAUGAAUGUGCCAUUUUAGGUAUAACCAAAAGUGGGCAAAAGUUUUCAUUGCUUCUUCAGAAGGGAGACCACAGCUGCAUAGUACAUUGGUCUUAGAACUUGUGCAUCCGUUUUCUUAAAAAGCAAGUCUGAUAAGACUUGAAGCCUUAAGCGAGCUUUAUUUCUCUCUGCUUGUGGCUGUCGUCGCGCACCGAGUUUCUUCAAGAAAACAACAACAACAGCCUUUCCUUUUAAUAUUUGAAAAAAAAGCAUAUGUUCUGUGGUUGUGCCUGACCAACUGAACUGGACAGACCAGACAUCACAUCAUAUUCUAUAUAACCUCAUGAUAUAUUUUGAUUCCCACCCACCCACCCUCCUUUCUCCCUCGUGCUUUUCUUGAAAUUUGCCUUAUGGGUUUCCCUCCCCCUUUCAGAGCGAAAUGCUUCAAACUUGCUUUGCUUAAUGUUUAAUCAGUUAAUGUUUUUUGACAUGGUGAUUUUCUUCUUCUUCUUCUUCUUUUGGUCCUUUCCCUGUAGAUGUAUAAGAAAUUACUGCCUCAAACCAAAGCCUCAUAAACUGACCAUUUGUCCCCUGGACACAAUGCCUUGUCCAUUCCCUCUGCUCCUCCUCUCCAAUUAUGUGUGAUUAGUCUCAGUGUGUUGUGUCAAGAAGGGGGAGUGUGCUGGGUACUUAUUAUCUGUUUAGGUACAAGAAGAGUGCUCUGGCUAUGAAUGAAAAGUGAGGCUUUAUCAGUACUGAAAUCUAACUGCAACUGUUCCACAGACCUCUUGUUAAAGAUAGAUCCUUGCCUGAGAAAUUCUGAAUGCUAUAGCAGCUGUGGGGUUUCCUUUACGCCCCCACCUGCUCCCGAAAUAUGUUCAAACCUAACGUAAUUCACAUAUUUGGUUAACAUUUACAUUCCAGAAACAAUACCUGCCUUUCGAAGCAGAACUUGAAAUGGUUUGGGGUGUUUUUUUGGGGGGGGGGGGAAUGAGCACUCCCAGAAACUCACAGCCUAAUAUAUAUUUUUUAUGUUAUCAAACACAAAUAAUCUUUUUUAUAAUAAGAAUAAGAAUAAUAAACGCUCAACAGCGAUCCUGGUUUUAGAAAAGAAUUCUGGUAGUCUCAAAUAUGAAUGCAGUCCAUUGUGCAAUUUAUUGAUGAAAUACAUUAAAAUAAUUACCUUUUGGUUUGCUGCUUUUCAUCUUCGGUUUAACAAACUGAGUUGUACACAAAAGUCCUGUUCCCGUCCCUGCUCUCCUCAAAUGCAUUUAUCCGCCACCAGUUUGCAUGUACUUGUAUUCAACACUUUUUAUGCUCCAUUAGAGCACCUAUAUGGAUCUCAGAAGGCACAGGUCAAGUCGCAGUUAGAUCAUACAUUUCUUUCUCACAAAAACCUGAAUUGCAAUGCCAAGUGAUGGGCUAACAUCACAAUAACAGCAAUUUAUUCCUCUUUUGAUAAAACAGCAGUCUAUUCUCAGUGUUGGAUAAAGACCAGGGGCAAUGCAAACCAGCCAUUUAUCCUAGUAUUUCAGUGGUAGAUCUCCUUUUAUGGAUUUUAUGGAUUUCACAUUGAGACUCUUACUGCAUGGGAUUUCUGCUAAGAAAUGAUAAGAAUUUAGAGGUGGCUGAGGUUUGUCUUAGACGGAGCUCUCAUUUCGAUCAGUAUGCGUUCUAUAGGUAUAUAUAUAUAUAUAUACACACACCAACAAGGUGAAUAUAUAUAUAUAUAUAUAUAUGUAUAUGUAUGUAUAUAUAUAUAUAUUCAAUAGGAAAUGUAAUAAUGGAUGCACAAAAAAUAGCCACACUAUGAAUCUUCUGUGUCUCUUCAAAAGUGCUUAAGAAUAACAGAUUGAUAAACUUGCCAACUUUUUUCGGGUGACCCUGGAAAUUAUUGCUCUACUCUUUUUUUCCUCUGAGGAGAUAACAAGUAUAUCAAAAUGAACAACUAAUUAUUGUUGUUUGUUUCUUUUCCCUGCCUGUCAUGUCAGUACAAGCUGGUGUCUCAAAUGCAGCCUAUUAUCCCGUAAGGGUUUAAUUGAAGGGGUUUUAAGAACACGAUCCUGCAAACAUUUAUGCAUUGAGGCUGAAUGGUGACGCUAACUUGCUCAUGCAUAUAAUUGAUGAAAGGACUGGGGGGCCUAGACUGUAGCAUUCGCUGUUUACGAUCAUUGUAUAACAUCAACAUUUUGCUUCAUUUCUUCUUUUCAAUCCCUACCCUAAGAAAAAAAAAACAGAGGUGGUAUUUUUCAAACUUGUGUUUUAUUGUGGGGUGCUUCUUUUGAUUUUUCUUUCUUUUACCUUAGAUGAACUAUUUUCAACAAGCCUUUGAAUGCUGUUUCUACUUCUAGAAAUGUUAAUAAAGACUUUUUUACAUAUAAAAAGUUAAAAUCUCUGUGUGAAAUGAUUCCCAUAUCGUGAAAGAAAAAUUAUUAAAGAUAUAUGUAAUCCUAAAACUAGUGUACAUAUAAAUAUAAUCUUUCAUACACACACUUUAACAGUGGCAAACGGUACAUACUGGUGUGUUGCUUGAAUGCAGGCUGAAAUGAAUGAAUGUAUUAGAAAACGCUCUGAAGAUGUAAACCACUGUACAAGGGCUGACAACCAAUGGAAACAAUAAACGGGUGCAAGUUUUCUCAUAGGCUUAUAGGCAGCUGAAGGAGAACCUCAUUCAUAUUGAAAUGGCUGCUUAUGAACCUCUUGUCAUAAGCUGCACUAGGAAGGACUCUGAUGUCAGUUACAACUAAACAGGCAUACUGAAAAUAGAAGAAAAAGUUACAGGAAAAAGAAAAAGGAAAUCAUUAUGAAAUGUGUAUUGGCAUGCACAUGACCACAAAAAGAGCUUUCUGGAAAUUUGGAGAAUGGAUCUUUCAGACAAUGUCUUAUGCACAAGAUUAACAUAAUUUUGGGGAGCUGUGCAGCUUUUUUCAGAGAAAGCGAGGCUUACAGAUGAUGAAGCGUAGGAGGUGAUGCCAGGAACUGUUACAAGCAAGCCGCAUUAAGGGGUUGGUUGUUUUCUCCCAUUAGCAGUGGUUUCCCCUUUAAUUUUCUGAACAUUUUAGCUUGCACUGUACAUGUCCCAAUGUCCUCUUGAAUGUUUCCCUUUUCGUUUCUUUUGAGGUCACCGAAAUGAAAAGGGCACUUUGCUCCAAUUGGGGCAGAGUGGACAAUAAGUCAGGUUUUCUGCCAGAGAGUCGUUCUAUCCCAGAGUGAUCUUUGUGCAGAGGUGGAUGGAGGGCAAGGGCAAGUCCCAGGGAAAUCAAUUCAAAUAAAAGCAGGAGAGAAGGGAGCAGGCAAAAGGCAAAAGCGAGAUGAGGUGGGAUGGGGCAGAGGGAGAGCAAGCAGGGCCAGAUAGGCUGAAAAGCCACAAAGAUGGCAGGAGGUCUCUGGUUAUCCAGAGUGAAGGGCUGGAUGCAACACAGGAAGCUUUCAUUGGGCUGAGUAUCUGUCAUGCACACACACCCAGCCAAUCAGGAGCUGCAGAAAUAAUUUCUUCUGCUCGCUGCAGUUUCAUCCUUCAGCUGAGAGUGGUGCCUGGGAAACCUAUGGACUCCGGAUCACAUACCAUUGUGUACUUCAUGGAAUUUCAUCUCUCCAACACAGCUGAAUGAAUGCACUGAGGCAGGGAGAAAUAAUGAGUGGUCUAAGCUCACAGUAAGGGCAUAGAUUCUACAUGUGUCUUGCAGCUCUCUCUGUGUGUCCAUUCCAUUCAAAUGCUUAGUAGAAAAACCACAGUCGAUCUUAUACAAAACAAUCUUGCUUUAAU